AUAUUUUUGUUGCACUCCUGACUCCUGUCCUGCAUGGUCUAGCAUGGCUCCAACGGAGAGGAGCGAUGAGGCUCUUGAGCAGUGGCUCCCCGUCAUUGAGGGGCUCCAUCUCGGGCAGCUGGUUCAGGUGGAGACCGAGAGCUCCGCUGCGGAGCGCGGUCAGCUGAUCAACUGGCUUCCUGACCAAGGAGUUUUUGAAGUCGCCUUGCUGAGCUCUGGGCGCGUGGUCACGGUGGAUCCCAAGGACUGCCAUACGGUGCUCGAUUGCCAGGGUCCAGCCACCGGCGGCGGUCCGGAGAGCUUCGACCUGGUCAUUGGGCCCCGGACCAAGCGCGACGUGCUGGGCGAGGCGCUGUCCAAUCGCCUUCUAGAACGAGGUUUUUGUGUGCUACGUCUCGUCCAGAGAGAAGAUGAUCGAAGUCAAGUGCACAAGAUGAUGCAGCAGUUCGACUCUGAUGGUAGGCUGUGCCGGCUUGCCACAGAAGUGGAGGAAGGAUACCUGGGGAAGGGUGGGCGCGGCAAAGUGAUGUGGCUGGAUCCCGAAGAUCCCUCGGUGCCCCACAAUUCCGCCCUCCGAAGAAACGAUGCCAACAUCACCAGCCUGGCGGAGAUCCUACAACCCUUUGCGGAGGAUGUGUUGGGCGCUCCAAUCGCAGAGAGGACGCCAGCCUUGGCGUGCAUGUCGAUGACGGAUGCCGAAGAGGCUGUCUAUGAGCAUCCGACGGCCUCGGAUACCAUCAUCGAGGAGUUCUACGGCAACUGGGCCCGCAGCGUGCUGAGAGUGGUACACUUCAUGGGCCCGGGCGAGUGCAAGGUGGAACUGACGGCAAAAGAGGAUGCUCCACUCAGCAAGGUGGAAGAGAGUUACGAGAUCACUGCUGGUCCAAACACGAUCCUCCUGGUCCGACAAGACACCUUCGAUUUUUGGUGCGAUGAACCGGAGGAUGAGAGCGAUGCGUUCUGGCUUCAGGCCUUCCUGCUGCGCGCGGGGCCCUCGUGGACGCUGGGCGACUUGAUCGAUGGCGACCUGAGCCUCCUCGUCAGCCGAGGUGAUGGACCACCGCCUCCAUCGGGCUCUGAGGUGGUGGCGGUGGUGGCCUUGUCCUUGCAAGCGUGCGGGAAGAUGACUGACCACCACAAAGAGUGGGCGGCCUACACCGCCGGCUGCGACGCGCAGCUGGAGAUGCCCAUCACCCGCUUUGAAUACCUACCCUACUACAGCGACGAAGUCGACAUGCCCAUGGGUACCACCUUCGUGAAGCACUUUUCGGUGCAAGACGGUGCGGAACUCUUUGACAACAAAGCCUUCGAAAUCUCCAACAUGGAGGCGGAGUGCAUGGACCCCAUGUUCCGGCAGGUCAUGGAGGUGGGAUACCUGUCCACGCUUCAGAUUGGCCUCACCAAGAAGUUGGCCAACAGCAAGUCGACCCAUGCGUCCGUCUCGGUGGGUUUGGACAAGCAGGAGUGGACGCAGAUGCCAGUGGCCACCAGCGUGGCCACCAACAAUCAGCUGGCGAUCGUGGCAAAUCGCUUCAACUACGUCUUCAACCUGAAAGGUGGAAGCUAUGCCUGCGACACCGCGUGCUCCUCCUCCCUGGUGGCCACGCACCUGGGAAAGGUCAAUCUCUUGGAGCAGAGGUGGGAUCCUUUGGAGUGGCAUUUGGGCAUGGGCACUGGCCUCACCUUAACGGUGGGCUCCUUCAUCCAUGGCUGCGCUGCGCACAUGCUCUCGCCCGGCGGCCGAUGCUUUACCUUCAACGCCACAGCCAACGGCUACAACCGUGGCGAUGGCACGGCGGGUUUCAUCAUCAAGAAUGGCACCUUCGAGAACGAGCGGUUGGCCUACUUCCGUGGGUCUCAGAUCGGCCAGGACGGCCGCAGCGCCAGCAUGUCCGCGCCCAACGGGCCGGCGCAGGAGAAGUGCGUGUGGGGUGCUUUGCGGGAAGCCAAGAUGCGUCCCCCCGAGUCCACGGUGUGGGAGUGCCACGGCACCGGGACCUCCUUGGGCGAUCCCAUCGAAGUGGGAGCCAUCCGAAAGGUCCAGAUUAAGGAGCCUCGAGCUGAGCCCUUGUUGAUAGCCAGUAGCAAGUCCAACUUGGGACACUUGGAGGGCAGUGCUGCUGCCAUCGCCAUGAACAAGUGCAUCCUCAUCGUGAUGCAUGCGAUGGCAUUGCCCACGCAGCACGUGAAAACGCUGAAUCCGCACUUGGACCAUGCGGCCUUCGAUGCGAUCUACACCACGGAGCACACCGUCUACAAAUAUGCCCAAGGCCAUUGCCAGGUGUCGUCCUUCGGUGUGGGCGGCACCAACGGCCACGCCAUCUUCUGGGGCGAGAAGGCCCAACCAGAUGUCGACUUCCGCCGAGUCUUCCUCAAGAAGAUCAUGCGCGCGACGCCACCCAUCGUCACCGAGGGCACCACCGACCCGGCGCUCUGGGAUUACCGGGGGCUGGAUUACAAGGCCAACAUGGGAGACAGCUACAAAGUCUGCUUGGAGAAGGAUCCUUUGACGGGCGAAGAGACUGUGACCUUCGAGAAGGAGCAAGUGAAAGAGGACCCCGCCGAGUUCUAUGGCACCACCGGGAACCACAACGACUGGGACGUGGAUCGCAUGCAGGAGGGCAACGUCGCAGGGCUCUACUAUCAGGACAUCCCUGUGCCGGAGGGCGGCACCUUGGAGUUUCGCAUCCUGGUGGAUGGAGAUCCUGAGAAGAACAUCGGCCCGCAAGACACCACAUCGGAAGCCUUGGCUCCGAUCAUGGGCCCGGAGAAAGAGCUGCGCACGUCUUGGCUCGUGGAAGGCCCGCCCGGCAGCGUCUUCCGUGUGGAGUUCCUCACCUCCACCAAGGACUUGCAUAGCUCAGUGAAGCCCAGAAGUAUCUCUUGGCUCCCGGUGUCCUGACCGGGCGCCGACGGACGAGUUCCGGUUCCUCUCCUGACCGAUCCGCGCGCUCACCCUAGUUUAGGUGAUCACUCUUCCG